AUGGAGCAUUUGGUGGACGAGAUGACUGCCAAGCCCAGCGAGAUCACUGACAAUGAGAGCGGCGACAACCACUGCGAGAACACUGUGUGUCACUUUACUGUUAUACGAGGGAGUUUAGACAUGAUUCUACUCGUGCUCCGUGCUGGUUUUUUGGUUUCAUUUCUGGUUUUUACUUUUCCUGAAAUAACGUUAGCCAAAAAAUGCGACGAAAGACUUAAGAAUCUCCAGAAUUCAUUUGAUAGCCUUAGAUUUAGACUUGAAGACCAGGCCUUUGCUAACAACGGUUUAGGAAACAGCGGGCAGGAUGCGUUAAAUGUUAAGCUCGAAAAAGAAAAACAGGAUCUGGAAAGAAGAGUAGUAAGCCUCGAGGAAGCUCUAACUGACUCCAAUAGACAAAUGUCCCUCCUUAAAGCUAGAGUCUCAGAAUUAGAACGUAAAAACCAGGAGCAAGAAAACAGACUAGCAACUGUGGAAGAGAACAGUCUUGUGUCUGAAAUGAAAAGUUCAAAUUGGGAGAUAUUUCUUGACGGAAAAAAACAGAAGCAAACGAAACAGGUUGAAAUUGUUAAUGAAAAGGACACACCACUAAACAUUUUGGAAAGUUCUCCAUCAAAUGGCGAUAAUUUCACACAAACAAAAGAGCUUCUGACGCCAAAAACCAAACACGAGGUGUCAGUUCAGGGAUUUUCUCAAAUGGAUGAUGCACGAAACGUCUUAGUGGAAAAACGCGGACUUCAAAACACAAAGGUUUCUUUCCCUGAUGGUGUUGCCUUUUCAGCAUACGUAUCGACAUACGAGACUGAGAUAUCAAAAGACCACACCAUUAAAUUUGACAGAAUUGUGACCAACAUCGGCAACCACUACAAUUCCUACUCUGGAACGUUUACUGCUCCACGACAUGGCGUCUAUGCAUUUUCUUGGAAUCUUUAUUGUUACGCGGAGGGUUAUAUCUAUUCCCAAAUUGUCGUCAAUUCUAAUGCUGUAGGCGCAAUGCUUACAAUAGCAGAGGGAGCAACAAACAUAAGGACUACGACAGGAUUCAUGGUGGUGGAGGUGAAUCAAGGAGAUGUAGUUUUUGUCCGCACACAUCCAACUGACAACCACAUUGGUAAUCUCUAUAGUGCUCCAGACUGGCGAUCGUCUUUCAAUGGAUGGAAACUAUUCUAA